AUGUCGCCCUCGUUACCAUAUGCUGCCGAUGUCGAGUCGCCGCUCAAGCCAGAAGAGCUUCAAGUCUUACGCGCGCAAUACGAAAAAGAAGGAGAAUAUGUUGGUCUACAGACCAAAUUCAACUACGCUUGGGGUCUCAUAAAGUCCAACGCCCGCGGCGAACAACAAGAAGGCGUGCGCUUGCUAUCCGAAAUCUUCCGCAACUCCCGCGAACGACGGCGCGAAUGCCUCUACUACCUCGCCUUGGGCAACUACAAGCUCGGCAACUACGCCGAAGCGCGGCGGUACAACGAGCUAUUAUUGGAGUUGGAGCCGGCGAAUUUGCAGGCUGGGAGCUUGAAGGAUCUGAUUGACGAUAAGGUUACGAAGGAGGGACUUAUGGGCGCAGCAGUUGUGGGAGGUAUUGCUGUUGCGGCGGGACUGGUGGGCACGUUCUUGUUGAAGGGAUCAAGGAGGAGAUGA